UGUUAUCAUACCCUGUUAACUUUAGCAGAAUAAACACAGCUGUUUUCGUUUACUAGCUAAUUUAUAUAUUUUGAUUUUCUAAAAUGUCAUUAUUUGGUUUUUUAAGAAGCCGUACCGCGUUCUGGCUGAGCCUCACCGGUACAACGACUGGAUUAGCCUUUUUCAUUAAGGACCUUAUGCAAGGCGGUAAGUUCACCACAGAAACCAAUGAAACCGGCAAGGUGGUCAUCGUGACGGGCGCAAAUACGGGGAUUGGUAAGGAGACAGCUAGGGAGAUUGCGAAGCGUGGGGGCACUGUCUAUAUGGCAUGCAGAAACUUAAAAAAAUGUGAAGAGGCCCGUGAAGAAAUAGUGCUGGAAACAAAGAACAAAUAUGUGUACUGCAGACAGUGUGACUUGGCUUCCCAAGAAUCAAUCCGCCAUUUUGUUGCUGCCUUUAAACGGGAACAGGAUCACCUCCACAUACUAAUCAAUAAUGCCGGUGUCAUGCGCUGCCCAAGAUCUCUUACCGCAGAUGGCAUCGAACUACAACUGGGAGUAAAUCACAUGGGCCACUUCCUGCUAACUAAUUUAUUAUUGGAUCUACUGAAGAAAUCUGCACCCAGUCGUAUUGUGAACGUUUCCAGUCUGGCACAUACCCGCGGAGAAAUUAAUACUGGAGAUUUGAACAGCGACAAAACCUACGAUGAAGGCAAGGCCUACAGCCAGAGCAAAUUGGCCAAUGUUCUAUUUACUACGGAGUUGGCCAAGCGAUUGGAGGGCACACAAGUAACAGCGAAUGCUCUGCAUCCAGGAGUAGUGGACACCGAGAUCAUCAGGCACAUGGGCUUCUUCAAUAACUUCUUCGCUGGACUAUUCGUGAAGCCUUUGUUUUGGCCCUUCGUUAAGACUCCCAAAAAUGGAGCUCAGACCACUUUGUAUGUCGCUUUGGAACCCGAUUUGUCAAAGGUGACUGGCCAAUAUUUUAGCGACUGUAAGCUAAAGGAAAUGGCACCGGCGGCCAUGGACACUCAAACGGCAAAGUGGCUCUGGGCAGUCAGUGAAAAGUGGACCAAGCCAACGAUGAUCAAAAUACACUAUCAACAAUUCUCCCAUUUAUCUUGUUUUAGUUAUGUUAACUUGGUUAAAGACAGUUGAAAGCUCAAGAUUUGAAUGUGUACGGACGUGUGUACUCCGA